AUUUCGUUUUCACCCGGAGACGGCCGAGAUUCACAACAAAGUCUCCCUAGCAUCGGAGUUAGAUCAUCAUCAUAGAGAGAUAAUCACGUACACAGGAGUGACAGCCCUGGUAGGUCCGCAGUAUCGCCAGAGGUACCUCCCACCGUCUUAGACACACGGCGAGGAAAGGAGGAAGAAGUCGUCAAGAGUUCAGAUGAAUCACCUGGGAAUUCUGCUGCUCGUGGGAGCUGCUUAUGCAGGCCCAGUGAGGCAGGACAACAUCCAGGGAGGUGAAAUCUGCGCCACUUCAUGUGCAGUUUUACCCGAUUCCAAGUACAACUAUGAGGUGGGCAAGAGUUAUGUGUACAACUACGAGGCGGAGACAGAGACGGCCAUCCAUGGCGUCGGCAACGACGCGACCGGUCUCUGGUUCACGGCCGUCGUCACUAUCAAAGUCCUACAGCCGUGUGACAUGGUGCUGUCGUUGGAGAAUGUCGAGUUCUACAGCAAGGUCAACGGCGAGCGGGUGAGCAGCGAUGCGUCGAGGCAGUUCAAGGUCGCGGCGGAGGCGUGGCCACUGUACUUUGCGUUCGCGAACGGCCACGUCGAGCACGUCUGCCCGGAGACUGACGACCCUCGAUGGAUCGUCAACAUCAAGAAGGGCAUCCUGUCGGCGAUCCAGAACACGAUGCCGAAUCUCGACAACCGACACUCGACUCUAGAGACUGACGUCAACGGUAUCUGUCCGACCGAGUACACCCUGAAGUCUGGGGGGUGGGCGAACUGGGGACAGUCUGUGAUCACGAAGGUGAAGGACCUGAGUAACUGUAGAGAGCGUCACAGCACGAGGACAGCGCUGAAGACAAUUCCCUUCCACACGGAUGAGACCCAGAGCAUGCCCCUGGUGAGCAGCACGCACGAGUGUGAACAGAACAUCUUCCGAGGAAGCUACAUCAACUCUAUCGUCUGCCGCGAGAGGCACACGUUCCGACCGUUCUCGCAGGGUGACAGUGGCGCCACCACGGCGACGAGCCAGCAGCUGGUGUUCGUGAGGGAGAAGCGCAGCAUCUCGCAGACUGCUAGAGGUCGGCGGCCGAACAAGCAGCCACUUACGUUUGUGCAUGAGGACAUCGCCGACGGCAACGACGACGACGAACGCAACGCGGCGCGGGCGACGCGCGCGCUCGCGGACCUGUGCUCGCUGACGCAGGAGGACAUGAGACCCGAGGCGCCGCAGAAGUUCUCGCAACUCGUCUACACGAUGCGUCAGCUCAGCAGGGGCGCCCUCAGCUCCCUCUACGUGCAGAUUCAGAGCGAGAGCGUCUGCGCGGAAAACAAGUACAGGGGCAGAAAGUUCUUCCUGGACGCGCUGCCACUGUGCGCGACAAGUGGUGCCAUCGGUGUCAUGGUGGACAUCAUGGAGGCCGGAGACCUGAGCACAGCGGAGAAUGACGCGUGGCUAGUCGGCAUGGCCCUCAACACCCAGACGACGACCGAACAGAUGCUCACCGAAGGGAAGCGCUUGCUCGAGUGGACGCCGCCCCCACGUCGCGGUUUCCUGACCGUCGGCACGAUGGUGCACAACUUCUGCAAGGACAAGCCCGACUGUGCGGAGGUACCGAUCGUACGCGAGAUCAUCUCAAUGCUGGAGGCAAACCUGCGCUACAGAUGCCGCCCAGGAGGAGAGGAGGGAGACGAGAAGAAGAUCUUGAUGUCGCUGAAAGCUCUCGGCAACGCCGGCGUGUUGAUUGGUUCCUAUGACAACCUGCGCGCCUGCAUCACGGACGGAGAGUCUCCGAUAGAGAUGAGACUGGCAGCCAUUGACGCAAUGCAUCGACUCCCGUGCGACAACGACCGAUACAACCGACAGCCGCUGCUCAGAGUCUACGAGCAGAUCAGUGCCCCGGAUGAGGUGAGGAUUGCGGCGUACCUCGGUGCGAUGCACUGCGCCACCAACGACGUCAUCGACAAUGUCGUCGAGAUGCUGCUCAACGAACCGAUGAACCAAGUCGGCUCGUUUGUGUGGACGCACCUGACGAACAUUGCGGAGUCGAGCUCUCCGCUGAAGCAGGAGGUUCGCAAGCAUCUGCUACACAGCGACCUGAAGCAACGAUUCAGCUCCGACGCCCGCAAGUUCUCACGCGCUUACGAAGGUUCGUUCUUCUCUCCGUUGCUGCAAAGCGGGGCUUCCGUCGAGGCACACACCAUCUUCAGCCGAGACUCGUUCCUACCUCGCAGCGGCAUGCUCAACGUCAGCGUGGACGUGUUCGGAAGCUCCCUCAACCUGUUCGAGCUCGGAGGUCGCGUCGAGGGACUGGACCGUACGAUCGCGAGCAUGUUCCAACCGGGAGGCUACUUCAGCGAUAUCGCUGAACCCGUGUCCAGCGGAGAGAUCGCUGAUCGCAGGAUGUCACGCCUCCACCAGGCAUACGAUGCGCGCAUGGUUGAUACUACCAGCGGCAGCUUCUACUACAAGAUCAUGGGAAAUGAGAUUGAUUUCUUCGACUUGGAGUCGCUGAAGGAACUCGGAAAAAUUAACACGAUUUCAAUGAUGAUAGAGCUAGCCAAGGAACACAGCUACGAUGCGUCGAUGUCUUCUAUGUUCCUCGACACGGAGAUGCGCGUGCCGACGGGCACGGGUAUUCCCAUACACCUCACCCUGAACGGCACCUUCACCGUCGACCUCAGCCUCCGCGGAAAGCUCGACCUGCGCCAGAUCUUCAUCUCACCACGCAGCUUCAACAUCGACGGCCACAUCAAGCCCAGCGGUGCCGUGGAGAUCGCCGGACUCAUGGUGACGGAUGCUACGGUGGCGCGGACUGGUGUGCGCACGGUCGCCACGCUUCAUUCGUCGACAGCCAUCGAGGGACGCGUGCAGCUGCAGGACGGUGAGGUGUUCAACGUCGACCUGAAGAUGCCGCGAGACAAGCUCGAGAUCCUCGACGUAAGUUCCAAGAUCUACAGCGUGCACCAGGAGGGCGAGGUGGAGGUCGUCGGUGUGGUUGAAGGUCGCACGGACGAGACGCUGUGCACGGGUGACCGGCUCGCUCGCUUCCUCGGCAUGCAGCUCUGUGCAGAGGUGGCAUUCCCCAACGCAACGCUGCAGGAGGCAGCGCCGUGGUAUCCGUUCACCGGACCGAGCCGCGUUGCAAUCACUCUUGAGAAGACAGACAAGACUUUCACCGACUACCAGUUUGAGGCGCGAUGGCAGAAACAGAAGGUGCGCAAGGACGGCAAGACGUACAACACCUUCACGGGGCGCCUGUCGAUGGACACACCCGGAUCAUCGAUCGACCGCGAGUGGACCACCGACCUCGUCGUCAAUCAAGCCGAUCUGGCCUUCAGCGCGAACCUGCGCAGUCCGUACAAGAAGCUGGGCCUGGAGGGCAGCGCGAUCAACGAACCAGCUCUGAAGCGCGGCAGUGUGACGCUGACAGUGGAUCGGAACACGCAGUACGUUCUCACGGGGCAGUUCCAGUCGGAGAAGAUCGGCGACUUCGUCCGCUUCAGUCCGUUUCUGGUUUUCGAGGCACCGAACCGCCCGCAGGUGACUCUGCAGGGCAAGCUGGACUACACGCGUGAGGCCAAGCUAGACGUAGACCUGUCAAUCACCGAGCUCACGGCCACGCCCAUCACGCUGAGAGGUCAAGUGGAAAAGUCGGGUAACAGUAAGAACAGGCAGCUGAACAUAGACAUGACCUUUACUUCGCCGAUAGCCGAGUUCGAGGUCGCCGGGAAUGUGAAGCAGUUUAAACAGGUAUGCGAGAAACAAGAAGCUGGCGGGUCGUUUGACCUUGACUAGCGAACGCGCGCCCUCGAGACUGAACGGUCAGCUACAGUUCACCUAUCCCGGCAGAGAGAUCACAAGCCAAGCUACCAUCGAGAAAGUCCGACCCGGUCUCUUUGACCUGACGUGGACGACGGCGUGGGACAUCGGACGACAGGUCGUCGUCACGUCGCAGCUGGAGCGAUUCCCCGGGGAGACGUACGACGGAGAGUCGGUGCUCGUCACCGUGGGCCUGCCAGACCGCGACCCGAUCAGCGUGCGCGUGCAGAAGAAGUGGGUGCACGCCAGCAACCAGAACAGCUGGGAGUUUGUGCUCAGGCCUAACAGCAAUGAUGAAUACAUGAUGAAAGCUGUGUUGGAACGCCCUUCAAAGUCUGAGAAGAUCAUUCAAGUAAGCGCGACACGCCCCGGACACUCUACCGUCACCACCCUCAAGAUGAAGGACGGCCCUAAGAAGGUCACUGAGGUCGACAUCCGCUGGGACGAGCUUCAUGUGACGGUGGUCGCCGGCAUGCAGGACUACAGCAUCGUCUCCGGUCAGUACCUGCGCACGUUCUCGCUUGACGUCGCUCCGGACGCCGGACACCGGCCCGAGGAGAAGCUGUCGGUGAGCGGCAACGUGACGUAUCCGUGCGCGCUGAACACGCUCUGCAUCCCGCGGAAGGUCGAGGCGACGGCGCGGUGGGCGCGCGACCAAGUGAUCUACACAGUGAUCACGCAGGAUAUCGUCGCGUGGAACGACAUGCAGUUCUCGGCGAGGGUGGAGACGCCCUUCAAUCCUCUGAGGAUGGCUACGUUCACGCAGGUCGUUCGCACAGAUGUGCCGGGAACCAUUCUAACCAGCGUAGAGUAUAACUCGUACAAUCAACAGAUGGCGCAUCGAUCAGAAAUCGCGCUGGCGUCGGACCGCACGACGCUAGCGUUCUCUUCUGUUCAGAAUGGAAACGAGUACGCCAACGUUGGCCUGACAGCAUACUUCCGGGGUUCUGUUCGCUUGGAGGGAACGAUGGCCGUAUCCACGCCGCAGACACGCCACUCUGCUGACGGAAGCUUUGAGUUGCGCAACGGCUCACCCACACUGGAGUUCACAUAUAACAAAGACAGACACGAGUACGUCUACGCGAAGACCUCGAUGUCCUGGCCUGACAGCGGCAUGACGCUCUACCGUUACCGCGGCGACGUUGUCUUCGAUGCCAGCUUCACGGGGUCGGGGUCGUAUGACCUUGAGCGGGUCGCGAGCUCGAUGGACGUGCGGGUGAACGCGCCGCUCUACGUCGACGACCUCCGGGUCGUCUACGAGGCGAGCCUCGCUACCCGCCGUGGCUUCCUGCUCUCCGGCAACGUGCGCAUGGCCGGCAGGGAGACGUGCCGAUUCAACAGCGACAUCACCGGCAUCAGGUCCGGCGAGUUCUCCUACGUUCACCUCGGCGAACCCAUCCUCGCCUUCCGCUGGACCGGCAACGACGAGACGUCGCCCAGCAUCCAGUUCCGCCGCGCGGUCGACUUCACGAUGAGCGCCCCCUACGACUACGGCGUGCGCUUCGACGUCAGCAAGGUGAUGACGGACUCGCUGAAACUCGACGUGGAGUUUGCCGUUAGUACGUACGGUACAGAGCUGGCGAGCGUGACGGCUACCCUCGGUCCAACUCCCUUCACCGGUCUCAUCGUCACAAACUACAAGGGACAGCAGCAAUAUGGAACUGUGGCUUCGCAGCAUUACGGUCGUCCCGCACGUCAGAGUGCGUUCAAGUGA